AAACCUCAAACCAUCGACGGCCGGCGAUGGCAUCGACAAUUGCCAUCUGUAAUCCACCUCCUGCCUCUACCUGCAGUGGCUAGCCUUUCAAGCAUGGGGCUUCUCAGCAUACUCAAGAAAGUGAAGCAAAAGGAGAAGGAGGUUCGCCUCUUAAUCUUGGGGCUGGACAACGCCGGCAAGACAACCAUCGUCAAGAAGUUCAACGGGGACGACAUCAACGCCAUCGAGCCCACCCUCGGCUUCAACAUAAAAACCAUGGAGUAUAAGGGCUACCAGCUUAACGUCUGGGAUGUGGGAGGCCAGCAGACCAUCCGGUCAUACUGGAGAAAUUACUUCGAGCAGACCGAUGGGCUGAUGUGGGUUGUGGAUAGCGCGGACCGAGGCCGAUUGCAGGACUGCAAGCGGGAGCUGCACGACUUGCUCGGACAGGAGAAAUUGGCCGGAGCAUCGUUGUUAGUGUUCGCUAACAAGCAAGACCUUGUAGGGGCACUCGGGGCCGCGGAGAUCGCUCAAGUUCUUGGCCUCGAAUCCAAGCAGUUCGCCAAUCGACACUGGAGCAUCGUCGCCUGCAGCGCGGUCACCGGGGAAGGGCUUGCCCAAGGGGUGGAUUGGAUGGUCCGCGAUAUCGGAGCCCGAAUAUUCAUGAUGUCAUGAUGAUACGCGCAGCAGCGGUGCCUGGAUAGGUAAAUAGCCCGUGGAGAAUUCUCGGCAGACAAGCAAGCAGGAUCGGUACACGCAACAGUCGUAUUAAGCACCAUGUGCUUGUAGCCCGCGAGGGAGGUUUCGAGCGUGUGGUGUCCGUCGCGUCCUGAUCGAUCGGCCACGUACUGGGGUAGCGCCCAUGUAGAAGGAGGGACCAGAGAGGUGGGGGGCAGAGAGCAGAGAGAGAGAGAGAGACGGGCACUCUCACCGUCCAGGGCCAUCCCUUUCGCGAGGAUUUGCGACAUGCGAGCAGCAAAACAGAGCUUGCGUCACGGUCUUCGGGAGCUCUUAUGCAAAUGUUCUGUACACCAUCGUUUGGGUUUGGGUUUCGUCCCAUGUACUCUGGAAGACAGUCUCUUCAACUUUCUUUGGAUAUGUAUAUGGUCCGUUCGGGCAAAUAGUCACAAUCUUGUUUUUCGCGAUAACUUUCGAAAAAACACGAUUCGGAAAGUGAAA